CUUCCGAUCUUUUCACGCUCAUCGGUUGGCAUAAGGUCAGACGGAAUCGAUGCAAUCUUGAAGCUCGUGGAUGUGUUUAGUGUAAAAGAUCCAAGUUCGAGGAAGUCACUGAAAGCUCGAAGUCCUUCGAUUUCCGAGAAUGCUGACCUAGCUGACAACCGUUACUUGGAACGAGCGGGAGGAAGCGAGUGUUACGCGGAGAUCGAACUGACGUGGGUCGAGCGAAAUCUAGUGGAAAAGAAAUGA